CUUGAAAUGCUUCUGGAUUUGAGUUUGAGAAAUUGUAAUAAGUUCAUGAGUUGGUGUGAAGGAUAGCUAGAAGCUUAGAGAGGGGUGCAAUUUAGCAGCACUCCUCUUGACUGUUUUUGGGAGUUUUGAAGAAAGAAGCAGAAAGAGAAGUAUGCAAGGUCAUGAAGAUCUCAGGAUUGAUCUACCUGAGCUGAAACUACACAUUGUGAAGAAGAUUGGGGGUGAAAGAUCUAGAAGGUAUUUUUAUUACUUGGGUAGGUUUCUAAAUCAGAAGGUUAGUAAGAGUGAGUUUGAUAAGUUAUGUCACCGUCUUUUGGGGAAGGAGAAUCUUUCUUUGCACAACAAGUUGAUUCACUCCAUCUUGAGAAAUGCAUCUCUUGCUCAAUCCUCACCAGCUGGUCACAAAUCUUUGGUGCUUGGGAAAGAAGAUGGACCUGAAGGAAGUGGGUCUUUAAUACCUAAUCAUAAUAGGAAUGGUCAUGUCUGGUCAAAUGGGGUGUUACCUAAGGUGGCAGUAAGAGACAGGCCUAGUCCACUUGGGGCAAACGGAAAGGUUGAGAGUCUGUUGUUGCAUCAGUCACAUUGUAGAGAUGACAAAAACGGUAAUAGAAACAUGGAGAAUGGGGGCUUUGGUCCCUUUGAUUAUCAUAGACCAGGUAAGGUUGCAGCUGCAGUUAGCAGAGAUGAGUCAGCUCCUGUAGUUGCACCUCUAGGGAUUCAAUUUUGCGGAGCUAGUGUCGGUCGGGCCCGCAGAACAGUUCAAGGUUUGAACAGAGCUGACUUCAUUAGUUGCUAUGACAGUGGUGGAUUGUCAGACGCAGAGAUGUUGAGAAAGAGGAUGGAGAGUAUUGCAGUAGCUCAUGGUCUUGGAGGAGUUUCACAGGAGUGUUCUAGUGUGUUAAAUAACAUGUUGGACGUGUACUUGAAGAAACUGAUUAAGUCAUGCGUUGAUUUGUCUGGAGCUCGGUCCAGGAAUGGAAGUAAUAGUUUGCAGAUACACACUAGCAACCAAACAUAUGAGACAAUGCAAGAACAACGUCCUGUGUCUUUGCUUGAUUUUAGAGUUGCAAUGGAGCUAAAUCCAUCUCAACUUGGGGAAGACUGGCCACUGCUUAGGGAGAGACUUUUGAUGCGUUCGUUUGAGGAACGAGAAGGAGUGUGA